GCCAAACCGGCAAAUGUUACUACUAUUCUUUCCAUUCUUAUUUCUUUCCCUUUGGAAAUUGGAAUCUAAUAAAAAAAUCCUAUUCUUGCUUCGCUCAACUUCUUAGACUCAAACUAAAAAUUCCCAUUGAUCGAUUACCGGUAGUAGUUCUGAACUUCUGAUUCUGCGCUUGCCAGGUUUUUUUUAGCCCAUUCAUAGUAAAAGUUUCCACAACUGUUCAAGUCAACAGAGGUAAAAACAGUGAACCCGGAACCGGAGGGAUUGAUGUUGAUGGGGACGCCAUUGAUGGCGCAGCAAGGAGAAGAAGUACUGGGUUCCGACGGCGGAGUAUCGGCAUCUGUUGCUGUUCUUGCAUGUGCUGCCAUGGCGGUGCUGUAUGUUGCAAUUCUUUAUGCUCCCACAUUUAUUCUCCGAUUGCCUCCGCCGGUUUCCUAUGAAGCCUUCGUGAUUCGACGCUUCAUUUGCGCCACUAUCUCCUCCCUUCUCUCCCUCAUCGCCACCGCUCUCAUCCUCCCGAUUCGGUGGCGUAUGACAGAUGUAUUCAGUGCUUAUGGCAUGCGAUGGGAUCAUGUUUGGCAAGCAUUUAUCCUUCCGCUUUCACUGACUUCCCUGAUGUAUGCUGGGUCAUUUGUCAAGAAGAUUUUGCAUGUGCUUGAUUCACACAAGGAACAUCAAGUUGAAGGGGGAGCCGUGUUCAUGAGCAAGAUUGCUUCAAUGGGGACCAAUGUCUCAGCUUGGCGUAACUACAUUGUGGCACCAGUCACAGAGGAGUUGGUAUUUAGAGCUUGCAUGCUACCCCUUCUCCUUUGUGCAGGGUUCAAAACUUAUACCGCUAUAUUUCUGUGCCCAAUAUUUUUCAGUUUAGCUCAUCUAAAUCAUAUGUUGGAAUUCUAUAUCCAUAAAGACUACAGCUUGCUCAAUGCUUCCAUGGCUGUGGCUUUUCAACUUGGAUACACGGUAGUCUUUGGGUCAUACGCGUCCUUUUUGUUUGUUCGAACAGGACAUCUUAUUUCUCCGUUAGUUGCUCAUAUGUUUUGCAACUACAUGGGUAUACCAGCUUUUUUUUCACGUCGAAGAGGUACGAUUCUGAAACCAAAAAAUUGAAUGCCAAUUGCCAAACAUUUGUAAAGUAAACAACUGAAAGAGGAUCUUACUUUCAUUUGUGUGGUUUCAUAAGUGCAUUUGAAUAAUUUUUCCAUACAUUAUCACGUCAUUGAGCUCUAUAAUGAUCACUUUUGGUUGCUAACAGGAGUGAUUGUAAGUUUGGUAUUUCUAGCCGGGCUUCUGGGGUUCUGCUGGCUGCUUUUCCCACUCACAAGCCCCGACUUAUAUAAUUAUGGAACACAGAGUUGCAAGUGCUGGCACAGAUUUUGUACAUGGAAUCCUGUUGGUUCUCAAUGAAUUAAAGCUGCAUUUCAUGAUUAUAUAGGUUACACAACGAAUACUCUGGGAUCAAUUUUAUACAUCGUUUUAGUUGAAAUCUUCCCUCGUUUGCAUGUAAAUUUAUACUAGUUUAAAAAAACUGGAAUCGUUAUUGACAUAGUCUAGCAAGUUUGGAUUUGUCUCAUGGCUGUCUACUACACCCGGAAGAUCAAAUUCAACAGCGGUUAGAUACUUAGAUGAAGCAUUUGAGGAAGAUUGUUGUUCUGCUUGAUUAACCUUUUGUGCUGAUUGUUGCUGAUUUACUUUUAUGUAAGAAAACGAACAGCUACUGAUAAAGAAAGAACUGAAGCUCUCAGAUUUGUUUAAAUUGCGGUCAUCUGUUGGUGUUAUUGUGUUUAAAUUGCAGUCAUUUUAGUCCAUUGGACUUUGAACCAUGUUCAAUUAUCAUCUCCAUCCUAGAGCGUUCUCUCGCGGUAACCUUUUUUAACCCACCCUUCUUAUUUUAAUACUAGUUCUUUUAGUGCAGUGUUGUCACUCAACUAUUAAAAUGUGCUUGAGUAGAUAGAGGGCUAUAUUUUUUUGAUGUCGCCCUAGUUUUAUCACGGUGUUACUAGUGCAUGAUUCUAGAUGCCAGGAAGCUUGUAAAUUAUCGGAUGCUUAUUAGUAGAUUAAUAUAAUUCUCUUUUAAACCCA